AUGGCGCAGCAACAUGUCCUUCACCAUCGUCCAAUCCAAAGCUCUUCCUCUUCUUCCUCUCCUCAUUCAUAUUCUCCAAUCUCAAACCGUCCCAUCUUUCUCCUCAGCCGCAAUGGUCUCUUCCUCCUUCUCGCUCUCCUCUUUCUCGUUGGUGUAUUCUUACCUUGGACAGGUUCAAACAGAGGCUCCUCUUCUUAUUUUCCCUCCAACUGGCGCGACUAUUCCCUCGCUGAAGCGGCCAAGUUCGUCUCUAAGGACGGGACUGUGAUCGUCUGCGCCGUUAGCUAUCCUUUCUUGCCAUUUCUCAACAAUUGGUUGAUUAGCGUUUCUAUUCAGAAACAUCAAGAAAAAGUUCUCGUGAUCGCUGAGGAUUACGCUACUCUCUACAAGGUUAACGAGAAGUGGCCUGGUCAUGCCGUUCUCAUUCCUCCAGCCCUGGAUUCUAAGACCGCACAAAACUUCGGUUCCCCGGGUUUCUUCAAUUUUACGUCACGGAGGCCAAAACAUCUCUUGGAGAUCUUGGAGCUAGGUUACAAUGUUUUGUACAACGAUGUUGAUAUGGUCUGGCUACAAGAUCCGUUUCAGUAUUUUGAAGGAAGCCACGACGCAUACUUCUCCGAUGACAGGACUACAAUUAAACCUUUGAAUCACUCCCAUGAUUUACCAAUUCCGGAUCGAAACGGAGUUACUUAUAUAUGUAGCUGUACAAUUUUCUUGCGUCCCACUAAUGGCGCAAAGAUUCUAAUGAAGACAUGGAUUGACGAACUUCAAUCUGGUUCCAAAGCAUAUGAAGGAAAUGAUCAGCCUGCUUUUAACUGGGCCCUUAACAAAACAGCCCAUCAGGUAGAUCUCUACUUGCUAUCUCAGGCAGCAUUUCCAACAGGAGGAUUGUACUUCAAGAACGAGACAUGGGUUAAAGAGACAAAAGGGAAACAUGUCAUAGUCCACAACAACUACAUUGUCGGUUAUGACAAUAAGAUGAAACGCUUUCACGACUUUGGUCUAUGGCUAGUCGAUGAUCAUGCUCUUGAAUCCCCUCUGGGAAAAUUAGAGUAA